AUGGGAUAUCUUGAGCAGGGACAGAAGUACAGAACCACUUACAGUAGAUAUCAAGCCCUUAUACCCAAAAUUUCUAGGAUUUUGGGUGUUGUUAAUGCAUUUGGGUUCAUUGCUUUGGCCUUUAGAGGUCACAAUCUUAUACUAGAGAUACAGGCUUCCAUGCCUUCAAGUGAAAGAAUCCGUCACAAGUGCCAAUGUGGAAGGGUGUCAAAUCUGCGUAUCUUCCAAUUGCAAUGUGCUUAUUUCCCCUUGCAAUUGAAGGCUAUUGGGCUUAUGGAAAUAUGUGUUGUAAGCUCCUUCCAACUCCAUGGCAUGCCAAUAUUUGAUGGCAUAGAGUAUAUACGCACAAGCAGGAUGAAGCAGCCAUGUCCGUGGUGGUUUCGAGCAAUUUCCCGAGUCAUUUUUGGGUUCUUCUGCUUCUUUUCAGCCGUCGCCAUCUCAUUUUAUGGAAGCCAACUUCAAUGUCUUAGUGGAGGCUUCUCAUUACCUCUAACUUUAGCUCUUCCAUGUUUUAUGUGGAUUAAGAUUAAGAAACCAGAGGCAUAUAGCCCAAUGUGGUGGUUUAAUUGGACACGAGGGUUGUUUGGAAUGGCUCUAAGUGGGAUUUUGAUUGUGCCAGGAGUGUAUGCUGUAAUUGUCACUGGUAUUGAGUUCCUUGCUGCAGCUGUUGAUGAUGCCAACUGCUGUUGUGGUGGCUGCCGGCUGCUGAUAAUAAUAAUGAGUCCAACACAUUCAUAUGGGAGGAUUCCAAAGUUUUGA